AUGCUGCUCUUCUCCACCAGCGACGAGAAGCUGCACGUGAACAAUAUGCCCGACGUCUGGAGGUCACUCGACGACGCGCAAGUGUUGCCGCCGCCUCGCAAAUUGUUUGAGGAUCAACGCGAAGCUCUUCUGGAGUUUUGUCUUCAGCAAUUUCGCGGUCAGGUUGACGAUGACGAGUUGAAAACAAUCCACACGGACUUGCAGAAAAUGAUGGCGAAGGCGCAUAAGGACCUGCAAAUUAGACUCAGCAAGCAACAGGCAGAAAACCUACAAGCAGCGCAAAAGAAGCAGGCGCUGCAAAGUUUGAAAAAAUCGCACCAAGAUCAAAUUGAGCGGCAUCUCUUCACUGCCAAAGAGCAACGCAAGCAAGAACUGGCUGCUCGCGAGCUUAUCGUGAAGGAGCAGGAGCGUUUUGACAGGAGCUACGAAGCCCGUGAAGUGGAGAUAAAGCGACACACAGAAACUCACAGCGAGAAACUUGCCGAGCAAAUCAAGAACAACGCUGUCUCCCGGAGCUCGUUCAAGGUAGCAGUCCAAGGAUCCAGCCCGGUUCGUUAG